GUCUCAUUGAAUAGGAUAAUUUAUUCGCAUUUUAGCAAUUUGAUAUGCUCAACAAUGGCACUAAGACGUAAUGUAGAUUUGCCGCCAAACCGACCGUUUCACUUUUUGAUUCAGGAAAAGAAAUUGAUUGUGCAUAGAUUUUCUGUGAAUCUUUACAAGUAAUGAGAAAAUUUCGUACGAGUUUAUAUCAAAAACGCAUUUCGAGAUUUUUUAUCUUUGCUUUAAUAGGCACCUUGGUUCUCUUUUCCGUCGUAUCCAAGUUAGGAAAUAACCUUCAGCUCAAAAAUAGAGAUUUAUUGAGUGAAUUUCCUACUUUAUUGGAGAAAUAUAGUGCAGAAUCCCAAGUCUUGAUAGACUUUUUACAAAAAGGAGCCAGGGGUCUACAAGAUUGGAAGCAAAAACAAGCCAAUGAUGCAAUAGUGCAAAACCCAAAGGAUAAUAAUGAUCUUCCAAGAAACAAUAUUCAAGCCUUGCUUGAAGACAGCAGCACAUCGGAAGUGUCUUCUAGUACAGAGCUAUACUUGAAGGAACAACAAAGUAGUGAUGAGACUAGUCAAACAAAAUCCACUGAGAAACAUCAAACUACUUCAAAUGAACAAACAAGCACUUCUGAAGAUAAAAUAUCACUCGAAGUUGAAAAGGCAGAAUACUGGAAUCAACUCUAUAAGACCAAUACGGACAAAGAAGAGUCGAAAAAACAAUUACAAGAAGAAGAUCACAAAGUAGAUGUUGUCCAAAAAGACCUUCAGUCGAAUUCACUUCCAAUUACUGAAUCAAAAGCUCUUGACUCACCUCUAGUCUCGCAACAGGAUCAGAAACAACAAGUUACCAAAGGUAGACAGGUCAAGAUGGACAAUUUAGUGAAUGAAGGAGACUCUCAUCUUGAACAUUUACUUGAAGCCAGCAGAUUACAAGCAAAAUUCGGCGACUGUGACAAUUUUCCAGUACAGCAAUCCAACUUACCUGAAGACAUAAGGCAGACUUGGUGUCAAAUGAGAGGUGUCGAUAAGGACUCCGUUCAGUGGGGAAUUCAAAGAUUGGAAGAAAUGUUGAGCUUAUCACACAGCUCUGCGCCUGAAAGUUUUUCCAAAAUAUCAAACAGUUCAAAUGGCGGUUCCUAUAUAUUCUGUGCGUAUUCCGGAAUACUAUGGUGCUUAAACGUAGUUCAAUUGCGUUUUUUACAAAUAGGCAAGCAUGAAGACGCCUUGUCCGACGUGGCGUUUUGUCAAAACUCUACGGAUUCAAGUAACUUUGUGAUCAGCUGUUCUUUUGACGGCACGGUUUAUCUUUGGGACUCUCGUGUCGUUCAGUCCUCUCCCAUUCAAACUUUGAAAGUACCUCCUCCUGCUAAUUGUGUGGCGUGGAAGGAGAACUCUGUGGCUUGUGGUUUCCAAGAAAGUGGUGGCUUGUUUUGGUGGGAUUUGAGAAACCUUGGAGAGCCUUUGAACCUAGAAGAAAGUCAUGCUGAGGCAGUUACACAGCUUUUAUUUACGGAAGAUGAAAAACUUUUUUCCUGUGGUGAAGAUGGAUAUAUAUGUUCCUUGUAUACCCAGAAUCUUCCCGAUGAAGACGAGGCUUUAGACUAUGUUAUUAAUAUUGGUUCGGCAAUUUAUCGAUUUGGUUUGUAUGAGUCCAUGAAUCCGAAUUUAUGGAGUAUUACACGUACACAAGAGGUAUAUUGUUUUGACUUGGAUACUUUGGAUACCCACAUCAAAGAAUCAACGAGAAAGUCUUUUACACGCUGGAAACAAAGUAGAAGGAUUAGGCAACAUCGAUUACUUUGUAUCUUGCUUUUAUGACGCUCUUGAAGGAAAGUUGUUUAUUGGCGGAGGACUGGAUAAUGGUGACUUGUUACUACUUACUCAAUAUGAA